AUGACAGCGCUCGGCGGCGCUUUGCAUGACCCCCCCGCCGUGGCGCGUUGCCUCUCUGCUGCCGAGGCUCUGUUGUCCGGUGACACUGGCGGGCGGUGGGUCAUGCCGGACUCCUUACGAUCCUCCUCGAUCUACAAGGCGCUCGGCACCGGCAUCGCUUCCGAGCUGGACCUAGCCUACUGGCACGCGCGCUACACCGCCGCCUCGCGUUUCGACGCCGGCGGCGUUGCGGCUGACACGGAAUCGUCGUCGCACCAAGUUGUUCCUCCUCCCGAGGUGUACUUCGUCGGCCUAGCGUUCCACGUGCCUGCCGUCACGGAAGUGCGAGCGUCGGCCGUGUUGGACAACAACCCGGCUCUCCGGCGAGUGUUGGUGGACGUUUUCGACCUCCCCGUGGGUGACGCCGGGGCACAGCGACAUGCGACCAGAAGCUUACCCCCAAGCAGCAGCAGCGGCGGCGGCGAGAUACGGUUCCCCGUCUUGGAAAACCCCCUCCUGGCCGUGGCUCAGUCCGCGUGGCUCGAGACCGCCGUCUGCGCCAGCGCUAAGUCGUGGGUUCCCCACUUCCCUCCCCGGUUUGGCGACAACGAAGGCACGAUGCGCGGCUCGGACCCCGGCUUACCACCUCCUAUUCGGUUACGGUGCGACGCUACCAGGGAUUGGUCGGCGAGAUUAUUCGCCUUCGCUGUCCCCAACAGACGCGCGCUGGACGCGUGCAAACGCGCGCUCGACGCGUGCGGGGUCGGGGGUGGAGGGGGCCAGCAGGGAGGGUCAGGAGGGAUUGUGGAGGUGGGGGCAGGGUUGGGGUACUGGAAGUGGGUGCUAGAAGGCCUAGGACCGUUCCCAAAUGGCAGGGGCGGGGGCGGGGGCGGCGGCGGCGGCGGCGGUACAAGCAGGGGGGUAAGUUUACAUCUGGGUAAAGCCGGCAGGACGCUCUCUGGUGGAGAUGCGAAGGAAGCUCCGCCGCUGAAGUUCCUCGCCAUUGACAAGGACCCGUCGAGGGUCCCUGGCGGGACCGGAGUCUCCGCUGCCUCCGCCGCCGCCGUUGCUGGUGGAAUCGAUCGGGAGCGAGAGCGAGGGAGGGGUAACGGCAACGGGGGGCGGAGGGGAGGGAACAAACGAACGAGACGAGAAGGGAGUCGAGGAGGGCGACACGGCGAAGGACAAUCGGAGCGCCCUACGCACAACGAAUACCACGGAGGCGCGCCCGCCUGGGCGGUGGUUGAACAGGGUGGCCCGGAACAGCUGCGGGCGUUGAGCGCGGCCGCUUACCCGGUGCUACUCUUGUGCUACCCUCCGCCUUCCGUCGGCGUGGGGACCGGGGCGAGCGGCUGCAUGGGCGCGGACGCGUUGGCGAGAUUUUCCGGGAAGGUCUUACUGUACAUCGGGGAAGUCGGGGGCGACACCGGUAGCCCUCGGUUCGAGGCGGCCCUGCGGGCGGGGUGGGACUUGGUCGAGGAGGUGGAACUCCCGUGCUUCUCCUCCACGGCCAACCGGCUCAUGGUGUUCGCCAGGAAGGGCGCUUUCUCCUCUGGCGGGGGCGUGUCCGCUUCAACCGCUGGGUCUGGCAAGAAACGAAAAGACGCCGGCGCUGCCGCAGCAAGGCUCGACACACCGGGCAAGGAUGCAUGCCCCACUGGUGACGCUGGAGGCGGCGGCGGGGGCGCGGGCAUGGCGAUGUACCGCUGCUCGGGGUGCGGGGCGAAGGCGGCGGCGGAAGGUGGUGUGCUGCUUCACCGCUGCCGCUUGACGCGAUCUGUCAGCUUCUGUUCUGAGAAGUGUCUGACUCUCGACGCCGAAAGGUGGCGGGCGAACCUCGAGGCACGGCACGUUCACUUGGCGCCUGGGACCGCGGUCGAGUUGGCAAACCAAAGUGGAAAGUUCGGCGGCGUGUUUCGCGACAAGAAACUCUUCAAGCGGCUAGCGUGA